AUGAUGCUUAGGUCUUUCUUUAGCAAGAUACACGAUAGUCUCUCAGUAGUCCUUGCAUCAAGGAGAUCAUCACCUACAAUCAACAACAACCUCAAUGAAGAUCCAGUGGAAACAGCAAUGGAGGUGCCAGAUGACGUUUUGGAUGGACAUUUUGUGGUUCUUGCUAACAAGGGUGAAGAAACUAAACGGUUUGUUGUUGACUUGCACUAUUUGAGAGACCCUGCAUUUUUGGGACUUCUGGAGAGGGCAAAAGAAGAGUAUGGUUUCAAACAGAAGGGGGUUCUGGUAAUUCCAUGCCACCCUCAAGAACUAGAGAAGAUUCUAGAAGAACAAAGGGAUGACAGUGUGGGAGAGAUGGAGGCAAAUUAG